AUGUCUGAGUACAGCUAUGCCCCUCGGCACCGAACCCGGGAGCCCGAGUAUGUGACCGAGACGACGUACAUUGAGCGCGGCGGCCGUGGAGGCGGGGCACGAGAUCUCGUCUACCGCCCCGCAGCACGUGAGGACAGCAUUGAAGAGAUCACCCGCGACUUCCCUCCCGGUGCCGAGUAUAGGCAAACCAAGUACCGCGAAGAGUAUGCGCCUCCCCGCCGCACCCGCUCGGUGAACCGAAGCUACGACGACUCCGACUCCUAUGACCGCCCUCGCCGACGGGACCGCGACCGUUAUGACGACGACUAUUCCUCCGUCUACACUGAGCGCCCCAAGCCAUCCCGCCGCAAGUCCAUUGUCGAGCAAGUCAAGGAUUUCGGCGAGUCAGCAGGCCUAGGAGGAAUCAUCGGCGCAGUCACUGGUCACAACCGUGAUCGCUCUCGCUCCCGCUCUCGCUACCGUCGAGACGACCGUGGAUAUGAUAGCGACAAGUACGGCUAUCAAGACGACCGCCGAAGCCGCUAUGGAUCCAGGUCGCGCAGCCGCAGCCGAGGAGGACGCAAGUCGGAGAAGUGGGAGCAGGCUGCCAAAGCCGCCAUAGUUGCCGGUGCCGUCGAGGCCUUCCGCAGCCGCAAGGAAGCCGGCCCAUGGACUGGUGCCAAGGGCCAGCGUAUCGCCACUGCCGCUCUCGGUGCUGCUGGUAUCGACGGUCUCAUUGACAGGGACCCCGGCAAGCAUGAGAAGCGACACGUCGCUGAAUCCGCCCUGGGUGGUCUUAUGGCUUCGCGCCUAGCCAACGGUUCCCGUUCCCGCUCUCGUGCUCGUGGCCGUGACGAUUCCAGGUCUCGCUCCCGCUCCCGUUCCCGAGCUAGGUCCAGGUCCAGGUCCAUCUUCGGACGCUCUCGUUCCCGUGGACGCUCUCGCUCUGCCUCGGAGGAUGGAGGUAAGGGCGGACUCGCCAAGGUAGCCGGAACCGGAGCUGUCCUCGCAGCAGGCAAGGCCCUUUACGACCGCGUCCGUUCCAAGUCUCGCUCCCGACGCGAGAGGUCCCGCUCUUCUAGUGCCGACAGCUACGUACCAUCUCGCAAGGGCAACCGCCGCUCGUACAGUCGAGGCCGCGGUAUGGACGACCAGUAUUCCGAAGCCCCUUCCAGGACUAACCCAGAUCGCAGACUAGCGGCGCCCGUCGGUGCAGGUGCAGGUGCUUUAGCAGCACGGGGCGGAGGAGAUGAGCGGAGUCGACGGAGCAGUAACACUGAUUCCGAGUCGUCUACUGAUAUGGAGGAAAAGCGCAAGAAGUUACGAGGUAAGGAAUUCCUCACUGCGGGUCUAGCCACUGUGGCCACCAUCCACGCGGCACACGGAGUCUACUCUUCCAUGGUUGCUUCAGAGAAACGGCGCAAGCUUGUUGGCGAGGGCGAAAUGUCACCUGAAGAAGCGCGCAAGCGCAAAUCAAAGAACAUGCUUCAAGACGCCGCUGCUGUGGGUAUCGCUGCCCUUGGUAUCAAGUCGGCCUACUCUGAAUGGAAAGAGAUGAAUGAACAACGUCAUAGUGUGAAAGAGCUUGAGAGUCGCCGCCGCAAGAGGAGAAAGCUCCGUGAACGACGGGAGAAGGAGGCUCGCAUGAAUGCUCUAGGAAACAAUGGACAAGGCGCUAAUCCGUACGCAUAUCCUGUAGCUGCCAACCAGUCUUACCCUACGUCCUAUGCGGAUGCGAAUCCGUACGGUAGCUCGGUGCCUCCGCCACCCAUGGGUGCGAGGUACUAG